AUGCCCACCGUCUCAAGCUCAACCGCCACCCAGCACAUCCAGCGUGAUGCUGACGGCGACGUUCAGAUGAUGGAUGCAUAUGCCGCUGUCCAGCGCCAAGUGGAUACAGACGAAGACGAGAGCAUCUCCAACGCCUCCACCCUCAUCGAAAACUACGAUGGUCAAGUGGACGCCGACGGCGACGUCAAGAUGACAGACGCCCAUUCGCUCGAUCGAAAUGACAAGGACAUAGAGGAGGAAAUCAGAAACAACACCACCUGCAGCGUGUCUUCUUCCGUUGGCAGGACCACGGACAUCGAUUCUGUCAAGGGAAUUCAAAGCUGGGCCGAGACCUCGGUCCCGAAUGCCUCACUAAGCAAGCCCGCCGCCGUCAAGUCGGUGAGCAUCAACGUUGGCCUUCUCAGAGUCCAGUACGACGCCGAGGGUGGCCAUGUCGAAAUUCAGGGCUACUAA